GUUUAUUUAUGGUGUUGUUGAACACGCAUCAGAAUAUUAGAGAAGCAUGGCCAGUAAUGUUAGUAUAUGUGGUGUCUGUGAACAUCGUGAUGUUACCAAACCAUCAGUAGUCUGGUGUUCAGAAUGUGAGGAAGGACUAUGCGAAGAUUGUAAGGAGCAUCACAGUUUUUCCAAGGCAACGAGAAAUCAUGAAAUUUUUCCCAUUGAUGAAUAUAUGAAGCUACCUGUAAAGAUUUUGAAAGUAGCGCAGUUUUGCGACAAACAUAAAGAGAAAUACGAUUUUUUCUGUAGAAAACACGACUGUCCAUGCUGUAGGAAAUGUGUAGAGGAUCACAACGGCUGUAAAGAUUUAACUGAUAUCAGGAAUAUGAUCCACAAUGUGAAAUCCUCAGCUGCGUUUCAGGAAAUCGAACACGCCUUGUCAGAAACCGCCGAGAACAUCAAAAGCAUCCGUAUAAAUCGUGAGCAAAACCUUGCAACACUUGCAGAGAAGACAAAGAUUGUUGAAUUGGAAAUUCGGCAAUUUCGAAACAAAAUUAAUGACCAUCUUGAUAAACUUCAAGAUGAGUUAUUAAAGGAACUUAAAGCGGAGGAAGAAAACAGAAGUAGCAAAAUUCAACAACUAUUGACGUCAAUAAUGCAGAGAGAAAAGGAGAUUCUUGAAUACAAAGUUAAUAUUGCAAAUACAAAGCGAUAUGCCUCGGACCUGCAAUCAUUCAUUGCGAUGAAACAAAUCGAAAAAGAUAUUUUUAAAGAAGAGAGUUUUAUCCAAUCAAUCAGCAAAAGCGAGCAAAUGCAUCAAAUCGAUAUAUCGUGUACGAUGAACACAGCAUUGCAGGAAUUAGCCACUACUACGAAGACGUUUGGAGAAGUUGUUGCGAGUACCAGUGCAUGUAAUGUAUCCAUCCAGAAAAGGAGAAAUAAACAAGCUCAGAUAAUUGUACCUCCUUCAACAAAUGAUUUCGAUGAUGUAAGUCUCAAGGUAAAACAAACAAUACAAACAAAGCUGUCAAACGUUUGUGGAUGUACCUUCCUUCCUGAUGGUAAAAUGAUUUUCUCAUGUUGUACUAGCGAUCAAAUACGGGUUUUAAAGCCGAAUGGUUCAUAUGAUUUUGAUCUGAACAACAUUGGGCCUGUUUUGGACGUGGUAUAUAUUGGAGAUAAUUCUGUAGCUGUUACAUCAGGUGGAACUGCAGGUUCAAAGCAGAUCAAUAUAAUAGAUGUUCAAAACAGAAAAGUAAAAAAAACAUUGAAUGUCAAUUCCCCCAAUAACGGAGUAACAUUCAAAGAUGGAAAGUUGAUUUAUUGUGCAAGAGAGCAGGGACUAAAGAUGAUCAGUCUCAGUGAUGAAUCUAUAACCAGUAUCACCACUAGUAAAAUGUCAAGUGAGGGAAACGUAGCCAUCCAUGACGACAAGCUGUACUACACAAACGAAAAAAAUCACAAUGUCACCUGUUGUGAUUUUCAUGGUAACACAAUGUGGAUAUUCAACGAAAGUAGUGCCCUGAGCUAUCCAUGUGGUAUAUCUGUCGACAAUGAUGGGAAUGUAUAUGUAGCGGGAGUACGGUCUCACAAUGUGGUCGUUAUUUCUACAGAUGGCCAACGCCAUAGAAUACUAUUAUCGAGGAAAGAUGGACUGGUCUGUCCAACAGCUGUGGAGUAUGACCGAUUGAACAAUAAACUUUUGGUUGCCAAUAAUUAUGGUAACGCUUUCGUGUAUGAUGUUGUAUGACAAUAGAUGUGUUAGGAAAGUCAAAACGAUUCUGGGGCUGAUGUACCAAUACCACUACAGGCUAUAGUGGGGACAAUCUCAAAAAGCCCACAUAAUCAUUCAUUAUAGUUAUCUGUAUGGGUUUGUUUGAUAAUGCUGAGAUGAUUUUUAAACAAUGAAAUAAUAACAAUCUAUUCCUCAAUACACAGACGAGGAUACAGCAAAUCAACACGAUCAUAAUUAAUAUUAUUAUUAUAAAAUUGCAUUGUUUCAUAGUAGAGAUCGCUUAAGUUUAAGAUCGUUGUUCCCCAUUUCUUACUAUUUUGUUGAACGACUACAAGGAAAAAAAUGAAUAAAAAACAUUGCAAUCAAAUCACAUCCGAAUCAACUUUUUUUCUCUACAGCAAUCUUUGUUCAAAAUGUUCGUUUAUUUGAAAUUGAUCUGAAAUAUACUUUUCACGUCGGGGCCUUCCAUAGCUUUUAGGCGGGAUGGGUUUUGUACCUUGUUGAAGGCCAUAUGGUGUCUUAUAUAUGCCAACAUUUACAUCAUUUUGUCUCUGGUGGAUAGAUGUCUACUUUGGCAAUCAUACCACAUCUCCUAAUUUAUAUCACGUUUCAAAAAUAGAGAAAUGUGUAGCUUUAAAUUCUAAUAAAAGACCUAUAGAUUUGUCUACUUGACAAUUAUACAAAAAUAGAGUGGAACAGACGCCUAUUUAAUUUUAUAAUCUUUAUUUUUUUAAUUUUAUCUAGAAAGGCCAAUUUGAUGUAAUGCUGAAAAGGGACAAUACCUAAAAAUCCGUUAAAAUGUGUGAAUUAUUUAUUCUAAAUCACAUUUCCCUGACAUUUUCUUUCUACCAGCUUUCGUCAGUUAGUUUUUCGAACAGAAGAGGUUAUCAAAUUAAGUUUUCAAAGAUUACCAUAUUCUGUGUUUGUUGUGGACUCAAAGAAGUAGAAAGAACGUAUAAUUCAUAUUGAACUUUUUAAUGAAUGAUCGACUUGAAUGUGAAAAUUGUUUAACAUGUUGAAAUUUGCAUGAUUUGAGAAUGCUUUUUUAUUUAUAUCAUUCUGGAGACAGAAUUCUUUUUCUUCAUGGGAGGCAGUGUUGUGCCACGACUAUUGACAAUAACUCUUUUAGUAAUAGCCUUCAUUCAUUCAUUUCAUUCGUAUUUCCCGGCGUAUAUUUUCCGCGAAACCAGGUCAUAUUCAUUUUCAUUUUUGCACACUUGCUUGUUAUAGAAAUGAUCUUAAUAACAUAAUAUCCUUAUUCAAAUGUUAUUAAUGUAUCCUAUUGAAUCCAUAGUUAGUAAGGUUGGAAUUAUCAAAAAUUCUGCUUAUCAAAUAGAAGACUAUUUGGUUUACAUUCACAUUUGUAUACACAUGUACUUUUUUUAGGUGUUUUGAUUGACUUGGUCCUUCCAACGUUUUAAGAAAAUGUAGUCAGUUUCAAAUUAGAGCUUGAAGUAAACAGCUAAUUUUGACAGUUUAGCCGUAUUUGCUUUGGAGGUAUUUUUCACACACUGCAAUUUAUUUAACAUACAUAGCAACUUAUUGAUAUUAAUUAAUCACUGUAAUUAAUGAUAUUAGUUUUUAAUAAAGCUGCUUUUAUUUAUUUAAACAAAUCUA